GGAGAGAGUUGCUCUCUCAUUCACACACUGCUCAAAUUCAGGAUCGCUCUUCAGCUGAAAACUUUCUUCAAGACGAACACACAACAUGCAUAGUAAAGACCAAAUCUGCCAUGAAGAUUAUCAGAAAACUGCAGAUUGGCUGCUGUCCCAGACACAACACAGACCUAAAGUAGCCAUCAUCUGCGGCUCUGGGCUGGGAAUGCUGGCAGAUGCUCUCAAAUGCCAAGACUCUUUCAAAUACUCUGACAUCCCUGGCUUUCCUCAGAGCACAGUGAAGGGUCAUGCUGGAAAGUUGGUUUUCGGAGAGCUCAAAGGGAAGACCUGCGUGUGCAUGCAGGGCCGAUUCCACAUGUAUGAGGGACACUCACUAAGCAAGGUCACUUUUCCAGUAAGAGUGUUCAAGCUGCUGGGUGUCGAAACCUUGAUUGUCACUAAUGCUGCAGGGUCAUUAGCAGAUACUUAUAACUGUGGUGAUAUUAUGAUCAUACGUGACCACAUUAACUUCCCUGGACUUGCUGGACUGAAUCCACUCAAUGGCCCUAAUGAUGAUAAGUUUGGUCCUCGAUUUCCACCCAUGUCUGGGGUUUAUGACAAAAGCCUACGGAAGAUGGCGUUCGACAUCUGUAAGAGCAUGGGUGUCUCCCAGUACGUCCAAGAAGGCGUCUACUGCAUGGUGGGAGGACCCAACUUUGAGAGCAUAGCUGAGGCCCGCCUUCUGCACAAACUGGGAGUGGAUGCAGUUGGAAUGAGUACUGCCCCGGAAGUGUUGGUCGCCAGUCACUGUGGCAUGAGGGUCUUCGGUCUCUCUCUCAUCACUAACAAAGUGGUGAAAAGCUAUGAGGACAAUGAGUCUGUCAAUCACGAAGCUGUGCUGGAAGUGAGCAAAAUGCGUUCGGAGACGCUGCAGGCGCUCGUCACAGAGCUCAUCAACCGCAUGGACAUCAACAACAACACGGCAUGAUGUCAUCACGAUGUCACUGUCACUGCCAAUCAAAACCUCAUCCAGGAACAUCUGCAGCUAUACUAUGAUCACAUUUUUUCUUUUCCUUAUACUUUUCAAUGCAGUCACUGUUUCAAUAACACAUUUUAAAUAAUUAAAGGUUAAUAUUUUACUGUUUCCGUGAUCACAAACGUGAUGUAGUUUGACAAACUUUAAACACUGGGCUAUUCCACAUGUUAUUUUUUAAAUAUUACUUUUUUUGGUGCUAUUAAGGCUGUAUAUGCAUUUGUAUAUUAAGGAUUUCACAUUAAUCUCACAUUUAUGUGGGGAAUUAUGCAGGAAACAAAUGUAUGCACUGCUGUUAAUUAUACAAAGUAAUAUGAUUCCUAAUGUUAAUAUUUGGACGAUGAAGUUGGAUAUUUGAAUCAUUGUUGUGCUAUUUAUAAUACAUUUUAUAUUUACUGUCUCCAUUGUAUAUGUGCCACUAAAUAUAGACCUUUUUGUAUAACCUUCUCUUCUAUAAACACGCCUCUUAUCUAUAAUGCAGAAAUGUCAG